AUGUCUGUCCUGCCGCAUGUAAACACAGCAACGUUGCAGUCGGUGUUGCAGACUAUUUGCUCCACGGGGGAGCCAGCCAUAAUUGCCCCAUCCUCGUUUCUGGGAGAACUGGAUACCGUCGUUGAUGAGGUGAAGAAGCAUGGAAUGAAACUGGCGAGUAUUCCCCAUGGUGGAAUCACUAUUCUUCCUCCUGUUCCAAUAAGCACCGCUGAGCUCUUUGACUUCUGCGCAGAGUACUGUAAGGCGCAGACGCAUGACGAGCGCUUGGAAGUUCGGCAGAGAAUAAAUAACCAUAACUUUCCCAUGCCGGACCCGCUUCUCCAGAUGCCCUGUCGGCAACUUUAUAAUCCAGCUGACUACGUGCUGCGUAUCGUUCACCUCUGCGCCGAGCUUGUCUCAACUUCAGAUGAUGAGUACCAAAGGGCCUACGCUGUCGCGCCACUGCUUCACAUUAACCCUGUCCAAGGUAUUUGUAACAAGCUGCGCAGUAUGUUUCAGUCUGGUAGCCUGUACGUGCAGCCCUGGAUGGCGCAUGAAAAGGAGGAGGUGCGAAAAGUAGAUGGAGUCAAAAGGGACUUGUCUUUCAUGCCAGACGUUUCUGAGAGUGGCCGAGGCGGCAGAGGUAUUAGCAUCAGCAGUAGUGAGUUGAGCACUGAGGACAACAACAUGGUGGACGAGGAUCUGACGGGGCAGGAGGUUGUUGACAACGCGACUGACACUAUGGCAGAGUACCUGUCAGAAAAGGACUUUGAGGUGGUGACGGAGAGCGGCGCCUUCUAUGAUGAGUCUGGGGAACGGGUGCUUGCCAUUUACGUCCGCGGUGGUGUAAAAAAGGACAUCUGUCAACGAGCGUCCAUUGCCACUGAGGCCGCCGCGACGACCAAUAAUCUGCGCAAGGCCAUCAAUGGAGGCAAAUUAAAUCCUGAAACAGGAAUUGUGGGCUACUAUGACUACCUGAAUAAUCCCACUCAACGCAAAUGUCGUGAGACAGAGUUCACGAGAAAGAAUUGGAGCACUAUCGCCAACCCCUGCGAAGCAUUCCUUUUGGCAGUGGAUAAACUGUACUGUGAAUGUGCUCCGACCCACUAUAAGCUUCAGCGCAUUGCUAUUCCACACCAUUAUCAAUUGUUUAAUACGGUGUUUAGUACAAUGACGGUGAAUCGAAAUUUCCGAACGGCGGUGCACACGGACAAGGGUGAUUUUCGAAGCGGUUUGGCUGCUCUCUGCGUGAUAGAUGGCGUGUUUGAUGGCUGCCACUUGGCGAUCAAAGCAUUGGGGAAGGCAUUUCGUCUUGAAGUGGGGGAUGUUCUCUUCUUUGACAGUUCCCUCGAGCAUGGGAACACCGAGGUUCACAACUUUGACUACUGUUGGAAACGGGUGAGCGUUGUCUGCUACCUUCGCAACGGUCUGAUGUCCCAGACGUGCGAGAUGGAGCGGCGUCAGUGGUUGCAAAAGCAAAUGUCGAAGCGGCACCUGCUCGAGAAGAUGCGUCAGACUGUGGUGAAUCUAAAUGCCAUGGACCCCAACCUUCCUCCCAUCCAUGUCCCUGGGAAGUUGGUGGGGGUUCUCUCCCCCGUUCAGCAAGCCGCUCUGGGGUUUGUUGUAGAUCGCCUCAGCAAAGGCAACGGCUGCGUCAUCGCACUAACAAUGGGCUUGGGGAAAACGUUGCUUUCCCUGGCCUUGUGUUAUUCGCACCUUUGUGAUCCAAACCCGCGGGACGUGCUCAUUCUGGCACCGAAGCUUGUACUCACACACUGGCUAAGCGAAAAACAAAAGUGGGAGAAGUACGGUCUUGUUUUUGCAGAGUUUGUUGUCUCUGACGGGACGGACUCCGCCUCCUUUGAGCUUUCACUUAAGCGGUAUGAGCAACAAAUCAACGGGGAGGCGCCACGAACAAGUCACGUAUUUGUCAUCAACCCUGAGUACAUCCGGUCGGUUAUGAAGAAGCUUACGGGGUUUCGUCCAAGUCUCAUGAUUGUUGACGAGGGUCACCGUGUGUCCUCCAAGGGCGGCAAACUAAAGGACUGGUUAGAGGGCAUGCGAUGCACGGCGCGUGUGAUCCUCUCCGGAACGCCUGUACAGAACAAUGCGGAGGAGUUGUACCGACUCAUCGGCUGGACAAACAGUGACGUCCAUUCGGUUCUGCCCCCGCGUGUGUUUACGGAACUUGCAGCGACUAUCAAUCGGUACAUUAACGGGGAUGAUUAUGCCUUUUCUGCCGCCGUGUCUGCGCAACGGUAUCUGCAGGAGUGGAUGAGCAGCUAUGUUUUUAGCGUGAUGAAAACGGAUCUCCCACCUUUGUAUGACUACAUUAUCACCUGCGCGUUUUCAAGCGUCCAGAAAAAGAUGCUGGAGGAUCAUUUUGGGAUAGAUGUCGUAGAUGGGACGACCAGCAUAAGGGCUUCUGAUCACCGUCCCUAUCACCUCUCCACACAUCCGCUUUGCUUUUUGGGGUUCAUCUCCGGUGUAUAUAAAUCUCUUAGUGGAACCCACAAGCUAGUGUCGGAGGCGGCGGAGGAGGAGAGUGAGUCACAGGAAGAUGCUUCACAGACGUAUUUACUUACAGAGGACGAUAAUAAGCUGAUAGAUGACUGUCUGUCACUGGUUAGUUCUGGUCGUCUAGCGGAGUUUGUGGGUCUCAGUGGAAAAAUGACGGUGCUUAUUUUGAUCUUGCAGUCAGUCAUGGAAAUGAAGGAGAAGGCCAUCAUUUUCUCACAGUACGUUGGGUCUCAGGACCUUAUCUCGCGAAUAUUGACCUCGUUUGGUAUUAUUUCCUCCACCAUCCGCGGAAGAGACUGCCAUGAUCAACGACGCAGAACAAUAGAGAAGUUCAGAGAGGACGAAAACAUUACUUGCCUUCUUCUAUCGACACAAAUUGGGGCGUACGGCCUUGACUUCACCGCUGCCAACCACGUUGUAUUGUGGGACAGCUGGUGGAACCCUCAGGUGGAGUCACAGGCCAUUGCGCGGGCCUACAGACGCAAUCAAGCAAAGCCCGUCGUUGUUUACCGCCUUGCCUCGGCGUUUGAGGACACCAUUAUUCUUAAAACACAGAUACGGAAGCUGGCGCUAUUUAAAUGUCUUAUGAACGAUCAAGCCUCACGCGCGGUGCCUCCGGAAGAGCUGCUGGACUGCGUUGACACUGAAGAAAGUGAGCAGAGACGCUUUUUGUGGCUUUCCCUCAAGGCAAGCCACCUCGAGGGUGGUGCACCGGCGGUAUCAAAAGUGUUUCGUUACGGUGAUACGCUGAGGAAUGAGUCAUGGUCUUGA